AUGAAUCGGUUGUUUCUUGUUCUUGUUGCUUGCCUUGUUAUACAUGGAAUAACGGCUGAUAUCAAAUCAAAACGACAACAAUGUCGUGAUAUGGCUGGUGACCGUUCAAAUUGUCAACGAUUUGUGCGUUGCUUUAAUAAUUUACGAGUUUUAUUUACUUGUGCUGCCGGUACUGCCUAUGUACCGGAGUUGAAAGAAUGCGUUGACAAGGAAAAAGUAAAAAAUUGUGACGAUUCAAAAGAUCGAAUUGAUAUAACCAUCACUACCAACGCCACUAAUACCGAUGAAGAAUAUCCAACAAUUGAAGCUGACGCUAAUGCACUUGAUCUUUCACAACAGAAAGGUGUUUCGAAACGAAAUGCGGCUACUAGCAUACCAAAACAGUUCGGUUGUCAAUCAUACUGUCAAAACCAAGGUGUUUGUGUCCUUGUUGCUCAAUCCGUUACUUGCCGAUGCCCAACUGGUUACACUGGUCUUCAAUGUCAAGUAACACCUAUUGUUCUCGUUGCACCACCCAACCAAUGUCAACCAAGUCCAUGUCAAAACGGUGGUACCUGUUAUCUUCGUCAAGGAACAUUCGGUUGCUCGUGCCCAAUUGGCUUCAGUGGUGUAUGUUGUGAAAUAAACUUGGCUGCUACAAACCCAUGUUAUACAAACCCAUGUGUCAACGGUGGAACAUGCCAAGUAGCUGGACCUAACCUCUUCCGAUGCGUCUGCCCAACUGGCUUCAACGGCAUUCGAUGCGAAUUACGUGUUUGCGACCCCAAUCCAUGUUUAUAUGGCGGUAUUUGCUUAGUUAUUGGAAACUCAUUUCAAUGUCAAUGCCCACCACAAUACACUGGACCCACAUGCGCUAUUUUAAUUCCACCACCAAAUCCAUGUGCCUCUCAACCGUGUCUCAAUGGCGGUACUUGCACACCAACAAGUCCGACAACUUUCGUCUGCUCAUGUACACCAAGUUUCUAUGGACCAUGUUGUGAAACUCGUAACUACUGCAUUCCAAAUCCAUGCUACAAUGGUGGUUCGUGUGUUGCUACAACAACUGGUUAUCUCUGCCAAUGCUCAUGGCCAUACACCGGUAGUAACUGUGAAACAUUAAUUACUACACCAGCUCCUCGACCAGUUUGUGCUUGCAUUAUCUGUCCAUGCCCAACACCAGUUGUAACUGUAGUCAAUCCAUGUUUACCCAAUCCAUGUCAAAACAACGGUGGUUGUGCUGUUGUUCAAAGCGUAGCUCGAUGCUAUUGUCCAACUACCUUCACUGGCUAUUAUUGUCAAUUUGCUCGAAAACGUGCCAUUAGCAAUGCUGCAUGCGCCAACGUAACAUGUGAAAAUGGAGGUGAAUGUUAUGUCAACGAACAAGGUCCACAAUGUACAUGUCCAAAACCAUACUAUGGUGAUCGUUGUGAAAUGAUUAAUCGCCCACGAACAUGUAAUCCAAGUCCAUGUGGUAAAAACGGCCGUUGUAUCUCAACAAAAGAUGGUUACAAAUGUGUCUGCAAGAAUGGCAUAACAGGUGUACUCUGCGAACAAAAGCUUAUGCCCGAAAACUAUCGUUGGUGCCCAAAAGAUUGUCAAGCAGGUACAACUUGUGUUUUUGAAGGAAACACACCUAAAUGUCGUGCUGUUUAA